CGGCUGAAGCAUGAAAAAAAAAAAUCAACAGGUGCACACCACACUGGUCCUCAUACACACAUGUAGGAAUCAUCAUCUGCCACUGCACGGUGCACGGCCGGUUACCGUGGGUUAAAAGACCAGCGCGUUUUUCGAAAGAACAUUCGAGAUAUCGAUCGCCAGAAGUUAAUUUUUGGUCAUAUUACAGAUUUUAACAUUUUAUCAUCCACACCCGCGGUCAGUCUGAUUGACUUGUUAUUGCAGCAACGAGACGGAACUCCAAGAUUCCAUCAUGGGGGACUUGAAGAUAACCUAUGACAAUAUCCUUGACCACAAGGGAGAUUUUGGCCAAUGCAUUGAGAUUUUCAACCAGCCCAUUGAUGACUUUCCAAGAAGUUUCUUCAAUAACAGCAAGGCAAUUGGUCUGACGCUGAAGCGAAAUAAACUAUCUAAGCUGCCCAGCCAACUAGAAAGAUUUAAAAAACUUGAGAGACUAGACCUGUCAAACAAUAACUUUGAACAGUUUCCAGAAGUCAUAGGGGAUCUUGAGAAUCUUCGAUACCUCAACAUCAGUAAGAACAAGCUAACUUCUCUGCCAAGAGAUAUUAUCUACUUAAGGAAAUUAGAGGAGCUUGUGCUUGAUGGUAACUUGUUUGAGGAAUUCCCAGCAGCUUUGUUCCAGAGUCCAGUUCAGGAUUUAUCCAUGAAGAAGAACAAGCUGAAGAGUUUGCCGCCAGGAAUCAAGGACAUGCCCAACCUUCAGAGUUUAGUGGUGGAUGACAACCAGCUAACAACACUUCCUGAAGAGCUUGCAGGAAUGUCUAAGCUGACCGAAGUGUUCGCAUCAUCAAACAAGAUUAAGGGACUUCCAGAGAACUUUUGUACAAAGGCUAAGUCUCUUAAGAAGCUAGCUCUGCAAGAUAAUCCUUUAGUAUACCCAUCAGCUCUUUCUGCAAGUAAAGGAAUGGCUGCCAUGAGAAAUUAUGAAAAGAAGAAUCCUAGACCAGACAUUCCAGAGGACGUCGAGGAGCAGACAGAAGUUGAACAGAAUGAUGUGAUUGAAGGGCAACAACAGGAAAUGCCAGAGGUAAACGGAGGAGACAAGGUAAACGAUGAGACAAAUGAUGCUAAUGGAGUAGUUGGAGAAGUGCCUGAGAUUGUACCUGCGAACGAUGAAGAUGUUCCAGGAGAGCAUGUAGAUGAUGACGCUGAGGAACAAGUGGUUGUGGACGACCUCCCAGAGUCAGAUAGGAUAGAGGAGGAACAACAAGUUCAGAAUGAUCAAGGAGACAAUGAUUCUGUGGAAGUACCAUCAGAAGGAGCCCAGGUAGAAGAGGAAGAAGACGUAGUUCCGGACCAAGCAGUGUCAGAAGAACCUGAGGCUGAUACUAUGCAGGAAUCAACCAGAGGUGAAUCCAUAGAAGAUGAGAAUCCAACAGAGGAUAGUGCUGUCCCAGAUGAAGUUGUUGCCAAGCCAGAUGAAGUCGUUGCAGAGGAGUCUUCACCAGCUGUUGAGGAAUCUACCGCAAAUUAUGAUGAUGGAGGUGAUCAAGAAAGCCUGAGUGCUUCAGAAGAGAAGAGUGACCAAGAGGAGCCAGAUGAGGUGUCUGCUGAUGCAGAUGGAACUGCGUCACAGUCUUCAGAGGAACAAUCGCCACCAGAUGACAGCAGCUCAGCUGAGAUGGCAAAUGGUAGUGAAUCACAACCUGAAGAGGAACAGCCAAUCAUAGGUGAUGAAAGCCCUGCAGAAGUUAGGGAUGGCGAUACAGGUGAAGUGUCCCCAUCCAUUCCAGAUAAGGUGCAGACUCCUGCAACUACAACGACACAAGAAGAUGGAGAUUCUCAGCAAUACAACGAAAGGCUUAUCUGAUGCUGAUACCAGAGUUUCAUGAAAUUAUGAUUUUUGUUUAAUUUCUCACUAUACCAGAUAUUAUCAAGAUUGCUCUAGCAAAACUCACCAUUGAUAAUGGUAUCUGACUACUAAUAAAGUCUUGCAUGCAAUUAUUCGCAAAUCAAUAGAAAAGUAUAAUAAUGACAAGCCUGCAAACAUAGAAAAGAAACAUAAGCAGAUAGAACAU